AAACUCUUUGAGCCAAAUUUCUUUCCUUCUGCCGACUAUGCAAUGACUCAACAGAUGCUCCAGAGCUUACACCAACUUGGACUGCAGUCAGAAGAGAAGGAUAUAUCACCUGACAAUGUGCUGGAUGUUGUCAGAAGUCUUGAAAAGUCUUGUGGACAUUCUGAGGAAAAAACAUGGAAGAAAGCAGAUGUUCUUCUCCGAGUGCUGAAUGACAAUGAUAUAAUUUCUAAAUUCUCUCCAAGCCAACUGGAGCAAUUGCAAAAGAUGCAGUGGUUUCCUUGUGAGAAUCCAUACGCUGUGACCAAAGAAGUCAAGAAGAAACGUGAAAACAGACAUUUUUAUAAACCAUGUGAAAUUAGACAUUCAAUGUACUAUACUGUUGUUGGCCAUGUUAUGCCACUUGUUGCUGAGCUAAAUGAGAAAGUCUGCAAACAACUGGGACUAUUGAAUUCACCACCAGCUGAGAAAGUCAUGGAGAAUCUAUCGGUACUAAACUCAAUGUCACAAACUACACCUGAUCUUGACAAAGAUGUAAAAUUCAAAACGAAGUUGCAUGACACAUACAAAUUCAUGCAGGACCAUAUUGGGCUUUUUAGGGAGGUAUUGAAGAAAAAAUCUGUGCCUUGGCUCUGGAUUGACAAUCAUUUUGUAUCACCUUGUGAUGUGGUUUUGGCAUAUCCCCCUGAAUUAGAUCUGAGUUCUUACAUUGACAGGGUCCCAGAGGAGUACCUGCCGUUUGACGUCUUACUGAGAGAGUCCGGAGUGAAGUUAGCCCUUUCAGAAGAUGAGAUUGAGAAAAUACUUAAUGAUGUCAAACAAAGAAUUGAUCAAAGAAAUCCUCCCUUUGGAAAACCCACUGAGCUGAGGUUGUCCAUAAAUAUCCUGAAUUGGUUGCGCAAAAAGAAUAAACCUGCCAGGGAUGAUACUCCAGUACCAGUAAUGGCUGAAAACCAAACAUUCACUUUGCAGCCUGCCUCUAAGACUUUGUUCUGUGAUAUAAGUAAAGAGGGUUUAACAGACUUGAAAGAAGACCAAGAAGAUUUUUAUGUCAUUCAUGAAGAGGUACUUCCUGUGACAGCAGAGUGGCUGAAUAUCCCCCUCCUCAGCACACGUAUUCUAAACCCAGAGUUCAUUGGAAUAGAACAGUGUGGUCAGACAGAGCCCAUAACUCAGAGAAUUAAAAACAUCCUGAAGGAGUAUGAUGAGGACAGUGACAUUUUCAAAGAGCUCCUACAAAAUGCUGAGGAUGCUGGUGCUAGAACUUGCAGAUUCAUGGUUGAUUUCAGGAAACACAAAGACUCCCCUGACAGUGUCAUUGACAGUGGUAUGUCCCUGUGUAAUGGCCCUUGCCUUUGGACAUUCAAUGAUGAACUCUUUUCAGAUGAAGACUGGACCAAUAUCACAAAAGUGGGAUCUGCCUCAAAAGAAAAGAAAGUGGAGAAAAUUGGAAAAUUUGGAAUUGGAUUCAAUGCAGUAUACCAUGUGACUGAUGUUCCUUCAAUACUGAGUGGAGAGAAACUCCUAAUUUUUGAUCCAAAUGUAACACAUUUGAAAAAGUACAUUCAAAAUAAAGGAAAUCCUGGAAUCAAACUGAACGCGUUCCAAAAGAGAAUUUCCCGAAGGUUUCCAGGACAAUUCAAAUCAUAUCAAGGCAUUUUUGACUGUGAUUUCUCUGAGAAAAACACUCAAAAAUUCUACAAGGGCACAUUAAUGAAGUUGCCCUUUCGCAGUCCAGAGGAAGCAAAGAUUUCAGAAAUCAGUACAAAGGUGUAUGACACGGAUCGUAUUGUGGCUUUUCAGCAACAUCUGACUCAUAAAUCUCAAACUCAUCUGCUUUUUCUGAGAAAUGUAGAGGAUCUCUCUCUUCGGACUUUGCCAGAGAAUGCCACCACUCCUCCAACAAAUGAGCAAAUGGAGACUCUUGUUCAGAUCACAAGAAAGGUUGUGGACACAGUUCCAAUAUCUGGAAGACUGAAAGACAGUCAAAGAAAGUCUGUCAUCUCUUUGAUGCAACAUCAUACCAAGUGUGCAGAUGUAAUUGAUAGUUCUGAAGCAAGUAUCAGUGAAAUAAUUCAAAACAAUGUUGAUGUACAUGCUGUCCAGUACUGGCUUCUUUAUUCUUGUUUCGGCACUCACAGUUCACUAAAAAUGGUCCAAGAACAAAAGGAGCUGAACAUAUUCUCUGUGCCAAUUGGAGGACUAGCUGUGCCUUUGCAAAAAGAACCUCAGACUGGGAAAUGGGCAGUCAAGAAGAGCAGCUUAGUUGGACAAGCAUUCAGUUUUCUGCCUCUAUCAAUCCAAACUGGUCUUCCUGUUAAUAUCAAUGGUUCGUUUGCUGUUAUGUCAAACCGAAAAAGUCUAUGGGAGACUGGAGUGAAGGCAGAAUGGAACAAAGCCCUACUGAAGGAUGCUGUAGCAAAUGCCUACAUUACUACCCUACUCAUCUUGAAAGAAUUAUCAGAAAAUGGAAGCCUUUCAGAUUAUCCUUAUUACACAUUCUGGCCCGAUGGCAAGAAAGUAGGCAAAGCAUUUAAACCAUUAGUUGAUGCCUUCUACUCAGCAAUUGUGCAUGGAUUUUGUAGUGAAGAUCUUGAGCUCUUCGGUGAUGGGAAACAGUGGUACUCACUUAAUUCUGUGAGGUUUUUGGACCCAGCCAUAGCAGAACACAAGGAAGUUGGAGAACUUGCAGAGAAGAUUUUUCAGAGCCAUCACAGCCAUGCUGUCCCACUUCCUUCAUGGGUAAGAAAAAGCAUGAUAAAGAGUGGCUUCAAAGACAUUGUCAAGGACAGAACACUCAGCUGGACAGAUUUUUUCCGGGAUGUGGUGUUUAGAAAUUUAGACACCCUGGAAUCCCAAGACAGGAAGGCUAUGAUUCUCUGUGCAAUUGACCUCAGUAAUGAUGAAGUAGAUGAACUACUGAAAGUGCAUCGCUGCAUUCCAUCACAGAGUAGUGAACUCCGAUACAUCAGGACAUUGGUGAAUCCAUCAGGGAAAGUGGCUUGUCUGUAUGACCGGGAGGAAGGAAGGUUUAUUGAUGAUACCAGAGAUGACUUCUGCUCCCCAAAAAGGAUGCACAGGCUGAUAGGCUUAGGAAUGCUAAGUGAUCAUUUGCCCUUAGAGGACGUGGCAGAAAGAGCAGGCACCAUCUUAAAGGUCUGGGAAACAGACAGAACUAAAGCCAUGAAGCGUCUUGAAUGCUUGUUUGAACUGAUGCUUGAGUUGUCAGUUGACCAAAAAUCUCAUUACUGGCAUGCCCUUCAAAACACACCAUUCAUCCCUGCAUGUCCACGAGUGAAUACACAGCCAAACAAUGAUAUGAUUCCAAUGUUGAAAAAGCCAUGCCAGGUUUAUAACUUCUCUUGCCAUUAUUUGGUGAACAUGACUGAAUUCACAGUUGACCAUAAACACCUUAAGAUCCGCGAAGAUAACGUUGUCCUUGACAAACUGGGUGUGCGCAAAACACCACAACUUUACACAGUGCUAAGACAACUGGAGGAAGCAUCUAAAUGUGAUGUUCAUGAUCAGGUUCUAUUAGGCAAAAUAGUGUAUAAGAGCUAUGAAUACUUGAACAAAUUGCUAAUUGAUGAAGAUCCAACCCAAUCCAACCCAACCGUCAUUGCAGAUUUUGCUAAAUCAUUCCCCUUUAUCUUUGUGGACAACACAUUUGUACAUGUGAAAUCAGUGGCAAAAUGUCAAGAGUUUGAAGCCAAACCAUAUCUCUGUGUCCUACCAAGUGUGUUUUCCAAGUUUCACGAUCUUUGGGAAUGUGUUGGUGUACAACAACAAUUUACCCCUCAACAAUUCUCUGCCGUUUUACACGAGAUGGAAAGUAAAUACGGGCCCAAUCCUCUUUCCGACUUUGAUCUAAAUAUCUGUCUGGACAUACUGAGAAAAGGACUCCUUAAGUCUGAAGAUGCAAUUUCACAGAACUAUCUUGUUCCUGAUGAAAACUCUAUACUGAGACCCAGCUCUGAUCUUCAUUACAAUGACAGCCCAUGGAUGCCAGUGUCGGCGGGUGUUACUUUGUGUCACAGACUAAUAGCAAGGGAAGCUGCACGUCAUUUUGGUGUUAGGACAACAAGACACCGCACACUAGAAGAUAGUGAAGUUCAUGGCUUUUCACCUUAUGCAAAAGAAUUUGGACAACAGGAAAAACUAACAGUCCGAAUAAAAAACAUCAUAGAAGCAUAUCCUUCCAAAAAGGACAUCAUCAAAGAGCUCAUUCAGAACGCAGAUGAUGCAGAAGCCACUGAAAUACACUUCAUUUUGGAUACGAGAAAACAUGGCACUAAGAAAACAUUUGGGAAGAAAUGGGAUUCUCUUCAAGGUCCAGCUCUUUGUGUGUACAACAACAAGGUGUUUAGUGAUGCAGACUUGCAAGGUAUUCAGAAGCUUGGGGAAGGUGGGAAACACGGACAGUGUGGAAAAACAGGAAAAUACGGUCUUGGAUUCAAUUCUGUUUAUCAUCUCACAGAUUGUCCUGCCAUUUUAACAGGAGACAAGCUUUGCAUAUCUGAUCCACACAUGGAAUAUUUAGAGAUGGCAUCAAAAGAGAAAUCAGGAUGCAUGUACACAUUGAAAGAUCAAUUUAAGAUGUCAUUCAUGGAUGUCUAUCAGACAUUUCUGCCAUCAGAAUUCAACCUUGAAUCUGGAACUAUGUUUAGGCUUCCUCUCCGAACAGUGGAAAUGGCAGCUAAGUCUGAAAUAUGCAAAGCAGAUGUCAGACUCCAGGACAUGGAUGAACUGAUGCAAGUUCUUGCUGAAGACUCAGAUGGUUUGAUACUCUUCCUGAAACAUGUCAAGAAAAUACAGUUCCAUACAAUCAGCCCUGACUCAGACAAACUACAUACUAAAUAUUUGAUUGAAAAGCAACUAUCAGAAGAAAGCAGCAUUAAGAGAGCAAACUUCCAAGAUCAAGUUCAAGGUUCCCUGGUCCCAUGCAAGGUCAUUUAUAACAUGCAUAUCUCCUUAUCGGAUUCAAAAGGCAAAAGGAAAGAUAGUCAAUGGGUCGUUGCAGAACAGUUUGGCUCCUUUAGACCCACUUCUGGUCAAAUUAAUGAGUCAGAUGUUUCACAGACAGCACAGGCAGCUGUGGCAGCUUGUAUUGGAGCAAAGUCCUUUGGCUUCACUGGAAGGCCAUUUGAGUCCAACUUAAAUGGAAGACUAUUCUGCUCCCUCCCUCUGCCUGGGGAAACCGGUCUGCCAGUUCAUGUCAACGGGAAUUUUGAGGUUGACUCUUCUAGAAGGGACCUAUGGAAAGAGGAUGCAGUGAGUCCUAAGACUAAGUGGAACGAGUCACUCAAGCUGGACGUUAUUUCACCCCUGUAUGCAG